AUGAGUUUUCCGAUCAUCCCUCAUGAAACAAAUCUUGUCUCCAUCAACGUCGGAGGCCGAAUCUUCCAGACGACGAAACAAACGUUAACCUUAGCCGGAACCGAUUCUCUUUUCUCUCGACUCGCCACUGACUCUACUUCUACUCGUUUUCUCGAUCGAGAUCCCGAUUUGUUCUCCGUUCUUCUCUAUAUCCUCCGUACUGGAAACCUACCGGCGAGAUCAAGCUCCUUCCAUGUCAGAGAUCUUAUCGAAGAAUCUAGAUACUACGGAAUCGAGUCUUUCCUCAUCGAUUCUCUCUCGAAUUCGUCGCAGUUCGAGGCGUUCGAUCUCCGUAAAUCUCGGAUUCUUACUUUGAACGGUCGAGAUUCUCCGUCGACUAUAUCACCGACGGUGAACGGUGGAGGAGGUCUCCACGUCGCGCACGGGAGCAAAAUCACUUCGUUUGAUUGGUCGUUGCGGCGGAAAUCGACGGUGCUUACGAAUUUCUCCGCCGUGGAUUCUCUUCUUGAGAUCUCUCCGGGAGUUUUAGCAGCCGGAGCUACUGAUUUCCCAGGUUUGCAAAUUAUCGAUCUCGAAAACGGCGGAUUUGUUCGCACGACUUUGAAUUGGGAAAAUCCGACUAGGUCUAGCUCUACGGUUCAAGCCAUAGGUUCUUCUUCUCAUUUUCUGUUCACUAGCUUUGAAUCUAGUAGAAGAAACUCGAAUUCGAUUAUGGUGUAUGAUCUUUCUAGCUUGAUGCCUGUGUCAGAGAUCGACCAUUGUGGGAUCUAUGGUUCUGAUAUUGAUUCUGCAAUUCCAUCGACUAAGCUGAGAUGGAUACAGAGUUGUAAUCUGUUGAUGGUUUCUGGUUCUCAUAGUAGUCCAUCUGGUGUGAAUGGUCACAUAAGGUUUUGGGAUGUUAGGUCAAGGACUAUGGUUUGGGAGAUUAAGGAGACACAAGAUUGUUUCUCUGAUGUUACUGUCUCGGAUAAUCUCUCCGCGGUUUUCAAGGUCGGUGUAACUUCAGGGGAGGUUUUCUACACCGAUUUGAGGAGGUUAGGAUCUGAGGAUCCAUGGAUUUGUCUUGGGGAAGAGAAGAAGAGAAGCUUGAAAGAUAGAAGAGAAGGAGUUGGGUGUAAGAUAGAGAGUUAUGGGAAUCAUGUGUUUUGUAGUAAAGGAAAUGGGAUCGAGCUUUGGUCUGAAGUGAUCACGGGUUUGAUUGGGAAUGCUAGCCGGGAUGUAUCGGAAGAGAGGGUUUUUAGGAAGAAUUCGUUUGGGAAAUCAGCUGAUUCAGGAGAAAUCAAGAUAACUGGCUUGGCGUUUGGAGGAAACAGAAUGUUUGUGACCCGAAAGGAUCAACAGUCUAUCGAGGUUUGGCAAAGUCCUAGUCGUGGAGUAUCGAUCUAA